UCAAGUACAUGGUCCUUACAAAAGUGCUUACAGGCGGGCUUUUUGCUGCCCCUCCGCUACUUGUACGAUCCGUGGAGAUGGCCCCAUCUUGCCAAGAUAGACUUAUUCCCUAGUAGAAAGAGAGGAAGCAGAGACAUAUACCGUCACAUUGCCCCUCUUUCAACUCGCCCCCAUCACCACCACGAGGAACACCCUGCAUCGAUCUCCCUGCACUUCUUCUCGCGUGUCACUCACAGCAGGCUGAUCCAAGCAUCAUGAUUCCUCCCAAUAAAUCUACAAGCCUGCUCCUCGCAGCUGCGGCGGCGACGGUCCACGCCGCGCAGUCCUGCAGCGUGAACGACCUCAAAGUCGACUACCCUGCACCCAAGGCCGCAGACGGAUGGUCGUACCGUCUUGUCGCCCGUAAUCUGACCAAACCGCGCAGCAUCCUCUUCGACUCGGAUGGUCACUUGAUUGUGCUCGAUGCGGGCGAGGGCAUCUACCGAUUCGGGAUCGACCAGGACGAGGGCGGCACUUGUCUUUCCCUUGGCGACAAGGAGACUCUCCUCAAGAACGAGGAUCUUAACCAUGGUCUCGCCCUAUCCGAGGACGGCGAGACCAUCUACGCCUCUACAGAUAACGACGUCUACUCAUGGCCCUAUGAUGCCUCCCGCAGCAGCAUCAACAAUGAUGAUCGCACAACCUUGAUCACCAACAUGUCCAACACGGACCACACCACGCGGACACUGCUGCUCUCCAGAAACGAGCCUGUCACUCUCUUUGUCUCGCGCGGUAGCCAGUCGAACCUCGACGACGAGGCUGCGAACAUUGACUCUGGCCACUCGCAGAUCCGUGGGUUCAACCUCACCGACCUCGGUGGCGACAACCCCGUCGAGUACACAGACGGACGCGUCUGGGGCUGGGGCCUGCGCAACUCGGUCGGUGUGGCCGAGGACCCCAAGCACGGCGGCAUCUGGUCCGUCGAGAACUCGGUCGACGAGCUGCGCCGCAACGGCAAGGACAUUCACAGCGACAACCCGGGCGAGGAGCUCAACUUUCACGGCUACAUCAACGGCACCGACGCCCGCUUCGGCAACAACAACUACGGCUACCCCGAGUGCUACGCAAUCUGGGGCACCGACAACUUUCCCGACCGGGGCGACCUCGUCGUCGGCGACCAGUUCCCCGACGAGGACAACAGUGACGAGACGGACGAGACUUGCAACAAGGACUAUCUCAGUCCCCGCUUGACCUUCCAGGCGCACAUGGCGCCGCUGGACAUUCUCUUUGCCCCGGACGGUCGUGAGCUCUUUGUCACGUUCCACGGUAGCUGGGACCGCAAGGAACCUGUCGGCUACAAGAUUUCCUCUGUCGCCUUCACCGCUGACGGCAUGCCCGAGGCCAAGUCGGACAGCCGUAACGGCACCAAGGAUAUCCUCACCACACCUGACCUGGGCAACUGUCCCGACGAGUGCUUCCGUCCCGUUGGCCUGGCCAGGGAUGCGGAUGGCAGGAUGUGGUUCACGUCGGAUUCCACGGGCGAGAUCUUUGUCAUGGAGCACACGUCUGGUGGUGGUGGCGGAGACCACGGGGACGGCUCGGAUGGGGGCGAUGAUAACGAGGAUGCUGCUGUCAGCCUGACGCAGCCUAGGCUAGUCGUUGCGUUCGGGGCCAUUGUCGCGGGUCUGCUGCUUGUUUGAGUCGCCUGGGCUUGGUCAUCCAUAUAUAUACGCAUCUUACACAUAAAAGAGAACACGAAGGCAUGAAUCGUAAUGGGCAUCUUUGUCUUCCGUAACGCCGUGCUCUGCAUCGACCUCCCUGAUCUAUUCCUCAAUGGACUUGACCAGCUCCCACUCGCCUCGCAGGUUCUCCUUCCACAGGCUGACCUUGUUGUCCGCGCCGCUGACGGCCAGCACGUUGCCGCUC